CAGCUCUGCUUGAGCCACUUCGCUAAACUUCAACUGAUGUUUUCCGCUUUGUGGAAACUGCGCCUUUUCUGCUUCUUAUUCUCGGAGCUGAUUUAACAAUGUGCAAAAAACACGAGCUACAAGUGAGAGAAAGUGUCAGAAGCAGCAGAAACACGGCGCUGUGACCGAAGAGAAGAGGACGAGGAGGAGAAAGAAGAAGGAGAAGGAGAAGAUGUAUCUAUGGCGCUUCUCCAUCGCCCUGAGCCUCGGCUUGGUGUGGUAUUUGUCAGACUGCGGCCGAACUGUCACACAGUAUGUUUUGUGUUUCGUCUUUUGUUUGGUAAUCCCCUGUUUAUUGGGCAACAGUAUGCUCGAGAGCAGCACACAGACUGACGAGGAAACCAAAGACAACCCCCACCAGGAAAUUGCGGAGGAAGACUUGACUGAUGGAGAGAGCAGAGAGCAGGCCGAACCACUGGAGUCUCAGUAUCCACAUGUGAAGAGGUCUCUGAGGCAAGUGUUUGAGUGCGUCUAUGCUCAGCUCGUCCUGCCAUGGUACAGCGCUCCGGAGCUACUCGAGCACCAGCCACUGCACCAGGCGCUCGGCAGCGAAUUUGACUCCAUUAUCGAGCGCCUCGUCGAGCAAGCCAAAGACUUUGAUAUUUGCCAGGCGGUCGUGGGAUCCAUUCAUAUUCUGACCCAGCACUUGCACGACGCGAAGCAGUCCAGCAGGUACUUGGUCUUGUUCGAAGACGCAGCGGAAGAGGUCGCCGUUCUGCGGGAGUUUUCUGACGCCCUCGUGCGUAACCUGUUCCCCAAAUCUCUCUGGAGCCACAGCAUCAACCGCUGUGCUCUAAAUGAGAUUGUUGCUUUAAAGGGGUUUGGCCUGUUGGUGGAAUGGCUGUCUGACCCCGACAACCUGAACCAGCUGAUCCUGGGUCAGCUCGACAACACCACGCCCAAAGGUUCUGUGGACGAUCUGUGCGGUUCAGACCCCGAACAAUCCUCCCUGACCUCGGAGGAGAGCAAAGAGGACGGCGAGGUCGGGGACGAGAACUCGGAGAAAGCGGAGGUUUCAGCUGGCAGUAGCAUCAAGGCCAAAAGGAAAGCCAACAAAUUAAAGCAAGGAUGGUCAAAGUUUGUCGACAAGAUCAAGUCCAAGAAGGCCAAAAAGAAGAAGAUGAAAAGGAUGGAGCAGGAGAUGAUGAUGAGGAUGAUGGCGAUCCAGGAUAAUGGGUGUAGUGAUGACGACGUCAGCAGCAGAGAGGGCUCCAUUCGCAGUCAGCAGGACUCCGACAGGGAGGACAGCGAUCUGGAGAACUAUUUAACAACAGUCCAGGAGGACAUGAUGGAGUUCAAACUGUCCUACGAGAUGUGGCGCGUCGGCCGCUGGGCUGUCAGUGUCCCGCAUGCCGACUGGGAGGAUGACGAGCUAACCUUCACCGUUCACCUGGAGGAGAAAAACAGCCCCGAAAACCUGCAGUGGGACAUCAGGAAGACCUACGUGGACGUGAUUUAUUUUCGCAACAUAUGGCAGGACUCAACCACUCUGCCCACAAUCCUGCCACUGGAGGAGCCGGAGGUCGACGAGGAGCUCAAAGAAAAAGCUCGACUGUCAGUGGAGCACUUUCUGCAGGAAUUAGUCUCUGAUAAUCUGAUCGGCCACACACAACCAGUUUUCCAAUUCCUGUGUCCGCUUGACAAACUGCUGAAUGAAGAGGAACAUUAUGAAGGAGUGUGGGGCCUUCUCAGUGGCUUGGCCUACUUCCUGACUCCAGGUCAAGAGGAAGAAGAGUCUCUCUGCUCUAAUCAACAUGUAUUUCUCUCCUCGUUGGUGUCAGUUGCCUCGAGCUCUCAGACUGAAGUCCCACGAGAAAUCCCAGUGCCACUGCCGAACCCUGGCGCCUUCACUGAGAGUGGUGCCGCUGCUCCCGCUGCUAUUGUGCCGACUAUUGUUAUCUCCAGUUGUGAGGAUUCUUCUUCUCAACCACCAGAAGCAGAAACGCAAACAGAGUAUGCUGUGAACUCUAACCCUUCGAGUAAUGGAAACUGCUCUGAAGACAAAAUGGAGGACUCGGACAACAAUCCCCUCACCUCUCACUUUAAGAUGAUUAUUAAAGGACUGAGCAGGUCCAAGUCGCAAGAGUCUUUGACCUCGAUAAAAUCCACCACCGAUGAAGAGCUGCCUCGUCCGGACUCCUCGCCGCGCUGCAGCCUCAGAAGAAGCUCACAGGGGGAGAGCGCAGAAGGCCUGUCGUGGCUGCAUUUCGGGGUGAGGUCAAAUAAGAAGGAGAAAGUGUGCGUAAAGAUGUCAAAUGGACCAAUCAAGGCUAAAGGGAAGGAUCAGGCCACUUCGCCAAGAGCGGAGCAUGUCCAGGGUCAGAAGAGUCAAGUGGACUGGGAGCAGCUGGAGGCGACCAAAGCCAUAUUUGAUCUGCUGAAGGAAAUAUCUGGCAACUCCAUCCUCAUAAACAUAUUUGAUGCUAUUCUCAAACCUGUUAUGCCCAUCUUGAAAAAGAAAGUGAACGCUUUCUUGAAUAAGAUGAACCCCACAGAAGUGCAGAUGGCCGGGUACAUCGACACUGCGCGAGACAAACAGUGGCCAGAGUUUCAACCAGCAGCUCCUCUUCCUCCUCCUCCUCUUCCACCUGCUCCUCCUCGCACAGAAGAGGACAAAACCAAAACCAGGGAACGAGCACAUGAGCUCAUCAAUGCCAGAUGUUCAAACUAUCUCAUUCUAAAGAAGACCGACGUGGAGUCUGUAUUUAAUCUCUUCCAGGACGUUGAAGAAAAUAAAAAACUGGUAUAUAUGCUUCUCACCUUCUUACUGAGGGAAUUUUUCCCCAAAGAGCGUUCCCUGAAGGUUGCUGCUGCUUUAGUAAAUGUGACCAAUCCGACCAACUGAUCUGUGAAACUUUGAAGGAAUUUUAUUGUUGAUAUUUUAAAACCAGCAUCUUAUUUAUUAUAUAUGUUUUAAAUUUAAUCGACUUGAAGUAUUUGAGAGGACCUCUGUGUUUUGUUUUGUUUUUUUUGUAAAAAAAAGGUCUACCUGAAACAUAUCAAACAUACUGUGAAUUUUUCCUGUUUCUUUUGUUUAAAGUUUUGAACACAUUCACUCGUCCAUGUGAUGAAUCCUGACUUACAAUGUUGACCAGUUACAGAGUUAAACUCAGGGGAGGAGAGAUGAUAUUUCAUAUGUAGUUUGAAUUUCACCGCUCACAUGUUAGUGUCAAAUAUGUUUGUAUGUCACUUUGAGCACUGUUGCGUGGUGAGACUGUUUGAUGCUUUUUGAUCUCAAGUCAAAACCAUCCGUUUUAUGAAAAUAAAAAUAGUAUAUGGCGAACGCAAUCUGUCAAAACAUGGACCAAGAACCACUGUCAAAUGAAUCUUGAAACAAAGUUCAUGUAUUCUGAAUAAAAUAUUUUAAAUAAA